AAGCUAGCUUGAUUAGGUUUCCCUCCAUGGCCGCCAGCAGGUGUUUUUAAUUGGAAAACUUAAUGUGACGCAGACACCGACCACUCAACCACACGGCCUGUUUGACUGCAAAUAAGAGCUUUACUAAGCCAUAUAUGAUUUUACUGGAAAAAAGAAACACAGCCAUGACUUUAAAUGACUGUAAGUUAAGUGUCCUGCUCCUGCUUCUGCUCGGUUUCGCGUACCGUCAAGUGGCAGGAGUCUGCGAUGUGGACUUUUGUACCAACCCCACGAAAUGUAUCCUUUCUGAGGACAAGAACUCCUGCAAGUGUGUGCAAGGAUUUUAUGAUGACCACUGUGAUAAAGAUGCACACAUGAGAGUCCUGUGCACUAAAGACUUCAUGGGACUCAGAGCAACCGAAGCGUUUUUCUUGUAUUACAACGCACCGGUCACGUCUUUGCAUCUUCCCAAUCCUGAGUGCGGAGCAGCCAGGGAAGUUAUCGACGACGUUCCGUACUACAUGGUCAAGGUAACCAAAGAUCAAUAUAUGAACUGCGGGGGAAAGCCGCUUGAGAAAAACUUUACUCAUGCCAUCUACACAAUGAGUCUUCAAACUGAGCCUCGGUCUACUGGGAAUAUCAUUAGAAAUCCAGUCAUUAAGCUGGAUUUCACCUGCAUCUUUCCAGUCGUCACAAGUAUCAGCUUGCCCUUUGAGGUCAUCCCCAUCAUCAGCGAGGCGAUGGUUCGUGUGGACUCGCUGGAGGCCAUCAUCCAGAUGAAGCUGUACACGGAUUACAGCUACACUCAACCCUUCACCAGCGCCCCCACCAUCGAGCUUGGAGCUAAGGUGUUUGUGGAGGUGACGGUGACGGAGCCCGCAGACUUCUUCCUCCUCCGCAUUAACGACUGUUGGGCCUCACAGAGUCGGCAAGCCAAUGACUCUGUGGGAUUGGAACACAGCCUGCUUUCCAACGGGUGUGUGAACGACAACACGGUGUCCUUCCACAAUCUGAGCGAGGAGCAACUUGGCCUGAACGGGCAGAGCACUACCCUCCACUACAGCUUUGAAAUGUUUCGCUUCACGGCAGCGCCCCAUGAGUUCUACCUGCACUGCACCGUGCAGCUCUGCGACCCGGAUGACGCAGAGUCCUGCAAACCUAACUGCAAUUCCAUCUCCAAGAGGGAAGCACUGCGAGCAGAUCCUCCACAGGGGCUUUUAUCGUACGGGCCCAUCAGAAUUGAAACACCACGAAAACCUGCAUCCAGUGUAUUGUGGACCGUCGUGUUGCCUGUAGCGGGUGUCUGGACCGUGGGCGGCUUCCUCACCCUCGUCAUCGCCAUGGCAAGAGCCGGUAGUAGGAAGCAUGCACAAACCCAAGACCUCCAGGCUGCGGCUUGAAUUGGCUGGCAAUAAAAAGUCAAAACUGUGA